UACUAAUUAUAUGAUUUAUUAAUUGUCAAAAUCCAAAAAUUCGAGUGAAUAUGACGCAGUACCAAUAAAAUGAUACUAAGAUAAGAGUUAUUGAAAUGAAACGCUUAUCAGAUUAUCUGAUAUCAGCAACAUGCACUUCAAUGCAAUUAAGUGAAUUUGAUAAGAUGCUAUUCAGUGAAGCGGAAUACUGAUAAUACAUAUAUUAAUUAACUGCUAAAAAAAAUAUUUUCGUAUUUUAUUUUCGUAGACAUAAACGUAUCCGCAUCAGUUGAUAACUGUUGUGUUUCUGGUAGCAACUACAGGUUCGACCCAUCUAACACAGCUGAAAAUUGCACAUGCGCAGAGCAUGGCAUUCGUCUCAGACAAAACGUGACAAAACGACGCAGUGACCCAGUGAACACCGCGUAUAUCAAUAAACAUAUUCUCAAAUAACCAACAAAGAAGAAAAAAGGAUAAAUCAAAUUACAAGCUUUAAGCUUCUGUUAAACAAUAUCGUUCAGUACGCGAAUAGAAAUACACGCACGCGCGGUCGUCUGUCAAAACAAACCAACGCUAUUGCGAUGUAAACAUGAACGAGCGAAAAAUCCUACUUUUUAUAUUCUCAGUAAUCAUUUACUGUUUGUACAGUGUUCAUAUGUGGUUCAUGAGAGAAAUUACAGAGGAAAAUGACACCAAAAUAUCAGAAGUGGUCACGUCAAACAACAUUUUACAAGAUACUCAAGAAAUAAUUUUAAAUAAUCAAUCAGAAAACAAAAAACAAGUGACAACUAAAGUCAUUCCUUUAUUUGUGAGAAACGCCUGCAGUGUUCUUGAAGUGUUUACAAAGAAACCAAUCAUAAACCUCAAAGAAAAGAAAACCACUGAAACAACGGAUGGAGAUAACAAUGCAAUAACGGUAAUAGGUAUUACCGUAUUUCUAGUGAUAUUGGCUUUAAAUGCUGUCUUAGAUGUACUUAAAGUGAAAGAAGAAGAAAGAGCUAGGAGGAAGCUAAAUCCAGAUGGUGAAAGAAGGCAAUCAUUAUCCGAAUUUGCUAAUAAGAAAUCACUUCGAAGAGAAUCUAGCAAAUUCGGACUUCAGUUAUUUCAGAUUGCUGAAUCAUUUAUAUCACCGGACGAGGAAACAAAAAACCGUCGUCAGACUAGACCAUAUACCAGAGGAGAAUCAACCACCUCUUAUUUUAGUGAGAAAAAAAUUCAACAUGAAGGUUCUGCGCCUGCAUCAAUUAGUGAAACUUCUUGCAGUGAGCCAAAACUUGUCAAAAGGCAAUCGGUGGCUAAGCUGUUUGGUGCACGACCGGUCCCCAUGGUGCGACGUUCAUCGUUUCCAGCAUUACCACUCAACCCAGAAAUACAAGCUCUGAUGCUGGGGCACCGGCAGUCUUCUUUCGACAGCGAUGACGAGGGCGACGGAAAGGGACGUCGAGUCAGGAUCAUUCGUAGAUAUUAAAACCAAAUUUAUUGAUCUCACUGAGUUAAUAAGAUAUUAGAUUACUCUAAUACAAGUUAUAAUCGCCUCAAAUAAUUUUUAGGUGAUUACAACAUAUCACACUUUGAGUAAACGGCAAUUAGCUCUAAGUUUACAAGUAGUUAUCUUUACUUAGUAUAUCAUUACUUCUACGGGACUAUUUACAAUUAAAAUAAACACUAAAUAAAUUAUAUCUAGUUGGAUUUUUAUAUUCUAUUUUCUGUAUUAGUAGACUAAAUAAAUAUUUAAUGUACAUUUUACCAUUGGUAUUCAAAACAUCAUGUUGAACAACAAUGUAAAAAUUGUUUGCAUAAUUACAGGUUUAACCACCAAAAUAUUUAAUAUAAACAAUUUUCAUUAUCCUUAAUUAAAAAACCACAGAUUCUGUGAAAAUUUGGUAGUGUUAAUUUACUUAAAACUACGUCACUCAUUAGUACAUUAAAUUAAUUAGCUAAUAUUUGUUGUAAAUUGAUCUUCAAAAGCUCGCAUUAAUUAAUUAAUUUCUGGGAUAGGUCGUACAUCCCACAUUGUGGGGCUUUGUUAAUGUGUACCUAAUUUAUUGUGUUAUACUCGUAUUGUAAACCUCAAUAAGUCAAUUUUUAAAGAGUGUUUAUUAUAAGGUAUGUAUUAAUAUGAAAUACAUUUUCUGUAUUUUAGUAUAGUUUGAGGAGUGCAUAAUCGAAUUAAAGCUUUAUUCUAUCAAAAUUCAAUUCUAAUAAUAAUUUAUGUCUUUGAUAUUUCUGAAGAAAAAAUAGAUUAUUUCAUAUUUUAAAAUUAUUAACUACAACAUUACUUUUUCUUUUAUCUUAUACUUGGAUUCUAUAGUGAAAGGACAAAUUUAUAUUGUGCCAGUUACAGGUGCAAGUGUCAUCGAAAACUGCCUCGCAUUGUUUAUUUAGAAUCAGUAAUGACACAACAGUAUUGUAGUGAUUUCAAAUUAUUUAAUACAGGUUUGUUGUCAAUAACUGACCCAGUGUGAAUCUAAACUACCUAUAUCUUAGAUUUAUACACAUUUAAAAAGUCACAGAUUACAUUCCUUAUUGCUUUUGGAGUAUUUUUGUGUUAAAUAAUUUAAUAUUAAAUACCUACCAUUAAAAUAGUAUUGCAUACCCACCAUUCUAAUUUAUAUUCUAGUCAUUCUUUAUUUAGUUUUUUUUUUUUUUAAGUAUCUAAUAAUAAUAUUAUAUUACAUUUUUAUGUAGGUAAUUUUAUACCUAAUCAUGGUCUAGAUAAAAAUUAAAAGUCUGAUCCAAAUCUAUUCUGUACUGACAAUCUGUGUGAUAAAUUAGAUAUAAAAUUAAAUCCUUUUUAUAGCACCUUUAUUAGACCUCUCUGUAAUAUUAAAAUCUGAAUGUAAUUGAAUGAUUCUUCAAUAAAUUGUUAAAUAACAUGUUUUUUAUUUUUCUAUUUGAACGUACAGUGUAUGUAUAUUUUGGUAAAGAACAUGAGUAAAUGAUAAAUUUAUUCUCAAAUACAAUAUCUCGACUGUGAACUGAAUAACAAAGGAAAUGUUCGAGAAAUACACAUAUGGAGUCU